AUGGCCGAGAACCACAACAACCAGGACUUGUAUGAGUUGCUCUUACCAGGAACCCGUCAGAGACAUCUCAACAUGGUCCAUGAAAAUGAUGUUUUGGAAUCUGCUUUAGAGGAAGUUCGUAACUGGAAGAAAGGGAAGCGUUUACCCACUGAGAGCAUGCAAAGUCGCCGGCAGAGUAGCUUAUAUGAGAGCAGACCUGUAAAUUCGAGGAGGGAGGAGAGUUUUAAGUUCGAGGAGAAGCCGCAAACAGACAGUCGAUCACGAAUCCUUACGAGGCUCGACGAACUUCUCAAAGAGGACAAGGAGCGCAAGAACUCGAGGACGAGGACGAAGGAUAGCAAGGAAGACGCGCGAGAAGACAAGUUCGUUAGGAUCUCACAAGAUCAGCCACUCAAGGAGCCAAAGAAGGACAAGGAUUCAAUCUGGGAGGCGGUGUACAAGGCAGAGAAAUGCUUUGAAACUGAUGAUGUGAUCAAGGGAAUUGAUUAUCUCAUGGAUGCUGUUGCUGCGAACCCUGAUGAACCAAGGAUUGUUAUCCUCCUCGCUCAAAAGUUUGCAAGCAAAUUGCCGUUUGUUGAUCUCAGCCUAUUCGGCAAAGCUUUGGUUUUGGUGAAGAACCUAAGAAAGAGGGGCGUGACUUCCAAGCAGAAAGCAGAAGUCUGUAUCGUCUUCGGGAAGUGUUACGAGGAGUUCGGGAGGAAGGACUUGGCUCUAGCUUCCUUUGCUGAAGCCAUUCAGCUUCAGCCCGCUGCACACGAUCCUUUGCACUCAACGGCAGUCUUCUUGCACGCUCGAUGCUUACAAGGUGAACAAAAAUCGUCUGUGUGA